AUGGAGCAAAUUUCGAAAGUACCAAACCUGGUAGCUUCAACGUCAGACACAUAUUGCUGCUCGAUUGCGGACUCCAAAAUCCGCGAGAGCAAGCUCCAGGAUGUUCAAUCACUAGGAGAAGAUGUCACUCCCUCAGGAGCUGUGAAUGAUGAAGAACUAGAAACUAAUUACUUCAAAAGUGCCCAAUGGUCACCAGAUGGAACCUCCCUCCUCGCCUCCAACGCCGACAACACAAUUCGAACCUUCAUCGUCCCACCAACUCUCCUCCAAUCACCGUCCCCCAUAACCCUCACGCCCUACACCAUGCACACGUACCCCACUCCAAUCAACUGCCUGGCCAGCUACCCCCUCUUCACCCUCUCAGACCCAACAACAACUCUCUACCUCUCCACCGGAAUCGACCUCCCAAUCCGUCUCACAAACGCUCUCUCCCCAGUCCCCACCCCUAUAUCCAGCUACCCCCUCAUAUCCCCCACAACAGAAGCAUACUGCACUCCCUCCUCGCUGCUCUGGUCCUCACCCAGCCACUUCCUCGCAGGAACAGACUGCCUAAUCGCCCUCUUCGACGUAUCGCGCAAUGGAGAGGGCCCCGUCUCACGAAUGCCUACUAUCCCCUCGAAACGGCAUAAGAUGAAAGGUGGAGGGGUGGGGAUGCGUGGCAUUGUGUCUGCUCUCUCUAUGCAACCUUCCGAGAUUGAAGAAUCAGGAAUGCUUGCGGCUGGGACAUGGACGAGAUGGGUCGGGCUUUAUGAUAUGGGUGGCAUGGGCGGGACAGUAGCUACGUGGAGUAUUGCUGAGGCGGCCGACAAAGAUGCUGGUGUUGGAGGAACGGGUAUUACGCAGACGGCGUGGAGCCUGUGUGGGAAGUAUCUAUUUAUUGUUGAGAGGAAGAGUCGAGGGGUGCUGGUCUAUGAUGUUAGGGUCACAGGAAAACUGGUUUCUUGGUUGGAGGGAAGAGAGGCGGAGACAAAUCAGAGGUUAGGAGUUGAUGUUUUCGAAGCUGAGAAGGGGACGGAGAUAUGGGCUGGGGGCAAGGAUGGGGUUGUAAGAGUGUGGGAGAAUAUAGGAAUGACUGAGGGCGCCCAAGAGAGAUCUUGGGAGUGGAGGGCUCAUGACGAUCCUGUUACAUCAGCUAUUUUGCACAGUUCUGGCACUGUUGUGGCAACCUGCUCAGGCCAACGAUCAAUUCCAUCUCUCAGAGAUGACGGAAGUGAUUCCGAUAGCGAGAGCGACACUUCAAGCCACUCCUCCACGGCUCCGUCACCUACUCCAGAUAACAGAAUCAAAGUUUGGAGUUUAUGA